GAAAUUUGCUAGGGCUAAGGCAGAGGCGCAACGGGGCAUAAGUUUUGAAAGAUAUAGAGGCGGAGCUUGUGAAUUUCCCGGGAAAGAGAGAUAAGAGGAGACCGUUGUACUUUUUAAACCAGCCCCAAAAUCGGAGUUCGGCCAUGGCUGCUCCUGCUGAGGUGUUUACCCCUGUGGACCACACGGAGAAGACGAAGACGCUCAUCGGAGCACUCAACCUCAUCUCUCGCAACCUUCCGCUUCCCUCAGAUGUCUUUCAAGCCAUUUCUUCCAUCUACAACAACGACGCUGCGUCAGACGGGAUACUCUCGGAUGGCGAGCCAGCGGCGGCGGAAGAGAUCGAUGCUCCCGAUACCUCUCUCCAGGAUGAUUCACUUUACGGGAUCCCCAAUGGAAUUAAUUUAAUUGCACAGUUUGGAGAUGCAUUAGUGGAGCUUCAAGAAAAGCACUUGUCAAGCACAGCCUUAAGGAAAACAAAGGAAAGUCGGUUCCAAAGCUUAAUUCAGCACCGUCUUACCGAACUUGAAGAAUUGCCAUCAAAUCGGGGGGAGGAUUUGCAGAUGAAGUGCUUGCUUGAGCUCUAUGGUCUUAAGUUGGUACAAUUACAGAGAAAGGUGCGCGCUGAUGUUAGUGCAGAGCACUGGUUACAUGAAAAAUGUGCAUAUCCUGAAAGGCAGUUGUUUGACUGGGGAAUGAUGCGUUUGCGACAUCCUUUUAGUAUGUAUGGCAUCGGAGAUACUUAUGCAAUGGAAGUUGAUGAUCGUCAAAGGAAAAAAAGAGAUGCUGAGAGGCUUUCUAGGCUUGAAGAGGAAGAAAAGAAUCGCAUGGAGACCAAAAAGAGGAAAUUUUUUGCAGAAAUACUUAAUGCUGCUCGCGAGUUUCAGUUGCAAGCACAAGCAUCUUUGAAACGAAGAAAACAGAAGAAUGAUGGAGUUCAGGCAUGGCAUGCAAGGCAAAGGCAACGAGCUACUCGGGCAGAAAAGUUGAGGUUUCAGGCAUUAAAAGCAGAUGAUCAAGAGGCAUACAUGAGAUUGGUUGAAGAGAGCAAGAAUGAACGGCUGACGAUGCUUCUUGGAAAAACAAAUGAGCUUCUUGUUUGCCUUGGUGCGGCUGUCCAGAGACAGAAAGAUGCUGAACAUUUUGAUGACCUUGAAGCUUUGAAUGGCUCUGAGUCUGUUGAUCCUUCUUCUCUAUCUAAAACUGAAACUCCGGGUGAAUUAACAUUAGAUGAAGAUAAGGAUAUUGGGGAUAUCGAGUCUGGGACUGAGUUCCAAACAAAUGAUUUUCUUGAAGGACAAAGACAAUAUAAUUUUGCUGUUCAUUCCAUUCAGGAAAAGGUAACUGAGCAGCCAGCUAUGCUUCUGGGUGGAGAAUUAAGAUCUUAUCAGCUGGAAGGGCUUCAAUGGAUGCUUUCUUUAUUUAAUAAUAAUCUAAAUGGUAUCCUUGCUGAUGAGAUGGGUCUUGGUAAGACAAUUCAGACAAUUGCAUUAAUUGCAUAUCUGAUGGAGAAUAAAUGCGUGAAUGGUCCCCACAUGAUCAUCGCUCCAAAAGCUGUAUUGCCAAAUUGGCUAAAUGAAUUUGCUACUUGGGCACCAGGCAUUUCAACUGUUUUAUAUGAUGGAGGGGUGAAUGAAAGAAAGGCGAUGAGGGAAGAGAUAUCUGGGCAAGGAAAGUUUAAUGUUUUGAUCACCCACUAUGACCUUAUAAUGAAAGAUAAAAUAUUUCUGAGGAAGAUUCAUUGGUGCUAUAUGAUAGUUGAUGAAGGACAUCGCUUAAAAAAUCAUGAGUGUGCUCUUGCGCGAACGUUGGCCUCCGGAUUUCAUAUUAGGCGGAGACUGCUUUUGACCGGUACUCCUAUACAGAAUAGUCUUCAAGAACUCUGGUCACUGCUUAAUUUCCUUCUACCCAGCAUCUUUAAUUCAGUACAAAAUUUCGAGGAAUGGUUUAAUGCUCCUUUUGCAGAUAAGUGUGAGGUUAGUCUUACCGAUGAGGAACAGCUUUUGAUUAUUCGACGUUUACAUCAAGUUAUAAGGCCAUUUUUACUUAGAAGAAAGAAGGAUGAGGUUGAAAAGUAUCUUCCGGGGAAGACCCAAGUGAUAUUAAAAUGUGAUAUGUCAGCGUGGCAGAAAGCAUACUAUCAGCAGAUUACUGAUAUUGGAAGGGUAGGGCUAGAAUCUGGGACUGGAAGGUCCAAGGGUCUUCAGAAUUACUCGAUGCAGCUCCGAAAGUGCUGCAAUCAUCCAUUUCUGUUCGUAGAAGAUUACAACAUGUGGCAGCGAGACCAAAUCGUUCGAGCAUCAGGGAAAUUUGAACUCCUAGACAGGCUGCUUCCAAAGCUGAAACGAACGGGCCAUAGAAUCCUACUUUUUUCUCAAAUGACUCGCUUGAUAAACAUCCUCGAGAUCUAUUUGGACAUUUACGGCUACAAGUACCUUAGGCUCGAUGGUUCUACCAAGACCGAAGAACGAGGGGCUAAACUGAAACUAUUUAAUGCGCCCGAUUCCGACUACUUCAUGUUUCUUUUGAGCACUCGAGCCGGAGGUCUUGGAUUAAAUUUGCAGACUGCGGAUACUGUUAUUAUCUUCGACAGUGAUUGGAACCCUCAAAUGGAUCAGCAGGCGGAAGACAGGGCGCAUCGAAUUGGGCAGAAGAAGGAGGUUCGUGUCUUCGUGCUGGUAAGCGUGGGUUCAAUCGAAGAGGUCAUUUUAGAGCGGGCAAAGCAGAAGAUGGGCAUUGAUGCAAAGGUCAUCCAGGCUGGAUUGUUCAACACUACUUCUACAGCUCAGGACAGGCGAGAGAUGCUGGAAGAGAUCAUGCGAAGGGGAACCGAUUCACUCGGCACCGAUGUUCCCAGCGAGAGGGAGAUAAACCGUCUUGCGGCUCGAAACGAAGAGGAGUUCUGGUUAUUUGAAAAAAUGGAUGAAGAACGGAGGCAAAGGGAGAGAUACAAGUGCAGGCUCAUGGAAGAAUUUGAGGUGCCUGAUUGGGUCUAUUUCAAGAACAUCGAAGCCAAAACUAAAGGGCUCGCAGAUGACGAUUCCAAUCAGGCUCUGGGCAAGAGACGACGUCGAGAGGUCGUUUAUGCUGACCCCCUCACCGAUCUCCAGUGGAUGAAAGCCGUAGAGAACGGCGAAGAUGUAUCGAUAUUUUCCACUAGUAAAGGCAGGAGAAGGGAUCAGCUUUCAGAUAUAUACGAGUCGACUACAUCAGACGAAAUGGUUGCGCAGACUUUCUCCGAGCAGAGGAAUGCGAGCAAAUCGAUGGCGAGUGAUGAUAUUAGUGAUGAUAUGUGUAGCAGGACUACGGGAAAGUAUCGAACUUUGUUUCAGACACCGAGCAAGGAGGAACACGAUGGCGACGGCGAAGGUAGCAGCGGGUGGUACGGCAACAUUGUGACGUGGAGGACGCAUAAGAGGAAGCGGUCCAGCCAUGCUUUUUCGACUUCGUCAUCGGAAGCGAAGGGAUCUCAUGGUUUCUAAAUCACUGUAAGAGUAGCCAGAUUCAAAUGUUGGCGGGAAUAGCUUCUUUGUAACAGUUAUAUAAAUGAAACGGUUAGAAAUAAGUAGUGUUCUUUUGAGUUUGGUCAUUUUUCCUGUGUAUAUAAUGUAUAAGAUGUGCUGCUCACCAUUGCUGUAAUGCAUCUAGAGAUUAUUUUGAUCAAUAAGCUCUCUGCGGCCCUUUUGGUUAGAUUUUUAUGAGAAAA